GCGAGGUCAGGUGAGGUUAUCUCGCGUCGUUUCGUCAGCUGUCAUUUUGACGUUUCAUGUUGGAGCAAAACAAUUCCUGUUUAUAAAAUCAAAUGUUUUUAACUUAAGUCAGAAUGGAUAGAGCUGAUAAGUCUCAGAAUCAGUUAAAUAAAACUGUAACGGGUAAUGUUGCACUGGUAAAUAAGCCUGACAAGACAUUUGAAAAAACUUUGAAAGGAAUCAUUGCAGGUGGUAUCACAGGUGGAAUAGAAAUAUGUAUAACAUUCCCUACAGAAUAUGUGAAAACACAGCUUCAGUUAGACGAACGAUCGGGCGUAGCCCGCAGAUAUACUGGACCUGUAAAUUGUGUUCAAUUGACUGUUAAAGACUAUGGUUUUAGGGGGCUUUAUAGGGGUCUUCCAGUGCUUUUAUAUGGGUCUAUACCUAAAUCUGCAGUAAGAUUUGGUAUGUUUGAAGAAUUAAAAAGACACGUUUGUGAUGAUAAAGGACAUUUAACACCCCAUAAAAGAGUUUUGUGUGGUUUAGGUGCUGGUAUCUCUGAAGCAAUUUUUGCAGUAACUCCUAUGGAAACUAUUAAAGUAAAAUUUAUAAACGACCAGACAUCAGCAAACCCAAAAUUUCGAGGAUUUUUUCAUGGUAUAAGGGAAAUUGUAAAAGCAGAAGGUAUACAUGGCAUAUAUCAAGGAUUAAUACCAACAAUUUUAAAACAAGGCAGUAAUCAAGCGAUAAGAUUUUUUGUAAUGGAGACUUUGAAACAUUGGUAUAGAGGGGAAGACCACAACAAAAAGGUGCCCACACUUGUUGUUGGGGCAUUUGGUGCUUUUGCUGGUGCUUGUUCCGUUUAUGGAAAUACACCAAUAGACGUUGUAAAAACUAGAUUACAGGGUUUAGAUGCACAUAAAUACAAGGGAACAAUAGACUGUGCUAUCCAGAUAUUUAAACACGAGGGACCUAGAGCGUUUUACAAGGGAACAGUUCCGAGAUUGAGUCGUGUGUGUUUGGACGUUUGUAUAACAUUCAUGAUUUACGAUUCAUUCAUGGAAUUCUUCAACAAGGUCUGGAGAACAGAUUAGAAUUGACACAUGAAAGUUACAGCAAGAAGUCAACAAAAUAAGCGCCCAAAAUUUUUCAGUAUUCAAAUCGGAAAUUUAGACUUUGACUCAAGAAUAUAAAAUACACAAGUGCCGAAAUUCAUCUACAUUCUAAAUAACAGAGUUUAUAUUUAAGAUACGGGUAGUCUGAGAAUCUUGUCUGACAGUUUUAAACUAACAUAUUUAUUGAAAGAAUUCAUGCAAUAAAAGCAUUACUAAUCCUUAGCCUGCUGAUGGAAAGUGAUUUUGCCUUUGCGACCAGUGCAGACUCCAAGAUCCACACUGGUCGCAAAGGCAGAAUCAGUCGUGUCUAGCAUGUUAAGCGUUAAUACAUGCAAUAAAGUAUCAUUAAAAUGCAGUAUUUUUGUACUUGAAAAUGCAACAGGGCAGUACUAAAACGUUAGGCCAGGGUUCCUUGAUUUUUCAUUUCUCAGAUGCCUCAUGCCUAAUUUUCUCAAAAAACUAUGUAUAAAAAUAAUUGAAAUAGAAGAAAUUUUCAAAUGUUAUAGGCCUAUCUCACAUAAUUUCUGCCUACUGCUUGAAAGGAUGGAAUUAUUAGAUGCAUACUAUUUGUACAGGUAGAAAACUUGUGUAGGCCUACAUAAACAUCUGCUGAAAACUGUACAGAAAAUCUAAUUCCUGCACGUAAAUCUGCUCUGGUAGACAUCUUGAUCAAGACUAUCACCCACUAUUUUCUUGCAUCUCUGAUAACCACCUGCAGUAUUCCACAAAGAUUUUUAGAGGACCUCUCAUGUAACAAACUACACCCCACCACCCAGAUAUUGUAGUAUGUUGUUAAAAAAGUUGUGGAUAAAAAAAAAAAUCAAUAUUCAAACAGAAUAAGGUAUGUAAAGUUUAAUUUGCAGAUGAAGAUUUAUUUUUUAAGAAUUGUUGAGAAUUGUGUUUUGUUAAUGGUUAGUUUGUACAU